AGGCCAGGCUACACCUUCUUUUGUCAUGUACUAGUAAGUCCGCCUCCUCCAGCACGACCCUUGGCGUCUUUAUAGACCACAGACGCUUUCUAAAGCACAUUCCUGUCGCAUCGUUAAGAUCAGAGUUUUGUUUUUUGAUGGUAGGUAAGUAAGGACUACGUCCUCCGUGACUGACACGAGUUGUUGUCUUACGACCAGCAGCAUUGAGUUCGAGUUCUUUGUUGAAUAAGAAACAAACUCACUGUCUGUACUGAUGACAUCAUCACAAUUUGUUACGCAUUUAUAGAGUUGUAAGAUGACAUCCUCACAAUUUGUUACUCGUUAUUUAAGUAGUUGAAUGGGAGGCAGCAUGUAGUCCUAUGGGAAAAAAAACGACGCAGAUCUUGUGCGAGUAACGAGUGAAUGAAUGCAUAGAGUUGUAAGAGUCCCUUUCGUCAAAAGGACUAUAACAAGAUGUUCCCACCUGGUAUGCAGAUGCCUGCUAUGGGCAACUUUGUCCAACCAAUGAUGCCUGGAAUGAACGCUCAACAGCAAGGGCAGAUGCAAGUACCAGGACAGAUGCAACUACCAGGACAGAUGCAAGUACCAGGACAGAUGCAACUACCAGGACAGAUGCCACUACAACCAGGACAACAAGCAAUGCAACAGAUGCAAGCAGGACAACAGGGGAUGCAACCAGGACAACAAGCUCCACCCAAUAUGGCAGCCAUGAUGCUGAUGAUGAAUCAGGCAAUGAACGCAUCAGCAGGAGGAGGCGCAAUAAAUCCGAUGAGUGCGAUGAUGGGGCAAGCAGGCGCAGGAGGAGGAGGUGUAAAUCCUAUGAAUCCAAUGCUAGCACAAGGAGCAAAUGGCGCUAACAAUAUGAUGGCAGCUUCGGGAGCUGGAUCGCAAGUUGCUUCACAGAUGGCUGUGCCGCAAAUGCAACCGCAGAUGACACCGCAGAUGCCUCAGAUGACACCCCAGGUGCCGCAACUACCGCAACAACAGGUGCAGCCACAACAGAUGGCCACACAACAGAUGGCCACACCACAGAUGGCCACACCACAGAUGGCUGCGCCGCAAAUGCCCCCACAAAUGGCUGCUAUGAUGAAGCAAAUGAUGGCGUCAAUGAUGAACGGAGGAAGAGCGACGAGUAGCACGUCUAAUCUACAGCAGGGUGGAACGAAUUAUCCUAAACCUAAUGUGUCAAGUGGAGGUGGUACCAAUAAUAAUACUUCUAGGGCAAAUGGCAUGACAUCAAAGAUACCUGCAGCUGCUGGUAAGAAAAUUGGAUCAACAAACGCAACAGCAUCAAGUACUAGAACUGCAAAAGCCAAUGCAGCGAAAAAAGAGGAUGACGAUGAGAUCAAAAUCGCGCCUGUAGUGGGGGGCGAAGCAAUAGGUGGAAGCGAAAGCUCGAAAAAGGCUGCGAAUAGCAAAACUGCAAAUAGUAAAUUUAGAGGAGGUGGAGGUAGUACUACAAGCAGUAGGGGACCGAUAAGUCAUCUUCCACCAUCUUCAUUCAACGGACAAGGCGGGAUGAAUGCCGGUGGUGGAGCUGGGAUGAACCCUAUGGCAGCUGGAAAUCCUAUGGCUAUGAUGGCUGCGCAAAACCCCAUGAUGAUGCAGAUGGCCCAGAACCCCAUGAUGAUGCAGAUGGCUGCGCAAAACCCCAUGAUGAUGCAGGUGUUUACGCAAAUGCAGAAAAUGAACCAGCAAGGAGGUACUUAUUAUUGAAAAACGAUAUUCAUCGUUUUUAGCUUUUUACAUAGCUGCAUGGCAUCGGCUUUUUGGUGCUGGUCAGCUCUUACUCUGAAAGUUGUAGAUCUUGUAGUUCUUUUGCCGCUGUAGAAUAAGUGAUAGAUGGCAACAUUCUUUUUCACUUCUACUAUAUCCAUUAUAUUAUUCCCAACAGGUUUCUCAAUACCAAGAAUGGGAGCGGGUACUCCAGGUAUGAUGGGAACCCCAGGUUUGCUGCCAACAAAGCCUGACGACCCAGCACAGGAGAGGAUGCAGAGACAUUUGAUGCAGAAACAAACGGUAUCUAUAGAUACUUUCAUCCUUCGUCUUCAAGAGCAUCAUGCAAUGAAUCUUCGUUAUCAAUCCUCCAUUGGUUCCUGCACCUAGAAGUUCACUGUAUCAUUCUACUUGUGUCGAGGAGUUAAUAUUUCAUCACUACUAAGUAUCUACUUGUACUACACUCACGUCAUUUAUUCAAGCGGUAAUCCUCGGACACUUCAUCUAACAGGAAGAGCUAGAGCGGUGGCGUGAGAGCGAAAAGAAGAAGCGCAUGGAGCAAGUGAAGAAGUGCCAUUUGCACACGAAAGCGGUUCCGCGUAAGUGUAAGUUCUGCAAGCGCUACGAGGACGAUUUAGCCAGGGUCAACGAAGAACUUACCCAAUUGUCUCAGAAAGCUCUCGAAAUGAAGAAGAAUUUGCUGCAAGCAAGCGGUUUGGCGCAGAGGGAUUCGACACAGGAGUACACAAACCAAAAAAGCUUCAACUUGCCAGUUCUGCUACUGGGGCAGAUCGAGAAGGCCUCGUUUUUCAAGGAACUGGUGGACGGCACGUCAGCGGUAGCAGCGAUCAGUGUCGAUGUGCAAGCGGCAGCAGAGCAGGCGAAGCACAAUAAGUGCGACACGGUGGAGAAAUUAGUAGCCAAAGCUACAGCCAUGAUCGACAAUUGUGAUGUGUAUCUCCACAACAGCAUGACGGAGACCUCGACGUUCAUGGCCUGCUUGUUGAGGCUCUUCAUGCUGCGACCGACAAUGGAAGAGCUCAAAAGAAUCGUCACGGACACGGACAACGUCUACAUUCGAAUCAUGGGCUUUCUCUUUAUCCGGUUUGUCUUCGACUUUGACAAGUUGUGGGCUUGGUACUCACCGUUCUUUCUCGACAUGCAGCCACUGCGAUACACACGAGGCGAAAAUCUCACGGUCGGAGAGGUACUGUUUGACAUUUGAGUAGUUGUCAGGUUCCUCUAGUUUAUUACUAGAUCAUAAGUAUGAAGAUGUACUGUGUGAUAUAAAAAUUUUCCAUUUGUUGAGUAGUUGUUAGGUCCCUGUAGUUCAGAUCAUAAGUAUGAAGAUUUUUCUGAGUCGAAAAGUCUAAUAGACGCUGCUAGUAGUCACGAUCACGUUCACGCACCAUGGAAACCAAGACAAACUCCUUUCAUUCGCCUCCCAACUAGGUUGUCGAGCGGCUCUUCCUGGAAGAUCGAUUUGGUGAUGGUGACUGUGUGUUGCCUCGUAUACCCCACUUGUCUAGGCAGAAAAAGGGACUCUUCGUGGUCCGGUUAGAAACGCAGAGAGAUCGGUAUCAAGAACACAUGCGACUCCUCCGCGACGAUCCAACGACCUUCACCACGGUCGGACGCAAGAUAGAGGCAUGCAGCAAUGGUAAGACUUCAUUACUCUGAUUUGCAUUUUCGCAAUUCAACAUCUACCAAAGGUCUUUUUUAUUCUACUCCUUCACCAUAGGAUGAAAAAUGCAGGUUCUGACUCAGAAGAUUUAUCACUCGCUUGCAAAAAAGAUGAAAAUGUUGUGAAGAAAGCAAAAGAUGAGACUUUACUCUUCUCACGACAGGUGACUGGUUAACUGGUACUGUCGUUUCCGCAAAUGAGUUUGGCGGCAAGAAGGAGCCUCGCAGUGACCAAAUCGACUUCUCGUUUGAUGGCAAGGAUAUCGAGACCUGGCGUGAGCAGAGAAGACUGUUUGGACAGCACAUCCAUGUCCGAUUGGAGGAUGAGAGCUUUGAGGAAAUACCGCUGGGGAAAGUCAUCCUACUGGAUUAUCAGAUGCUUAGGAGUGCGGAUCCGGCUGCGAACCCAAUGUCCAUGGACAUCGUGAACAUUGACCCCAUGAACAUGAUGAAUAUGGGUAAUAUGGGCACUGGAGGUAAUCCUAUGAUGGCAGGGAAUCCUAUGGCAGCUAACCCUAUGGCUAUGGCACCAGGCAAUCCUAUGGCAGCAGCAAUGAGCAACAUGUUUCCCUUUGCCGCAGCAACGAAUCCUAACGCAGCAGCUGUAGUACAACCACCAGCACCGCCAGCGCCACCAGUAGACAACGACGAUGUCAAUGGAGGCGCUUACUUUUCUUCUUCUGGCGCAGCUGCAGUAGUUCCUCCACCCAGUGCAGAACAAGAUCAAGUAGGUGGUUCUCCUGCUAGAAGUAGUGGAGCGGGGGACACAACGAAUGAUGUGGCGCCACCACCGCCUGCGGAGGAGAAGGAUGUGAGUAUGACUGGAGUUGGACAAGAGGAGGCCAUUGCUGUUGGUGAAGUUGCUAGUGCUGCUAGUAAAAUGGACAUGUCAGCAGUGGAUGUGAAGAUGGGAGAAGCAGACGGAGGCGUGAAACAAGGACCCCAACAAGCAGCACCCCGAGAAGGUAACCCGCAGGAUGCCAAUGAUCCUGCAACGACUUCGCCUGUUGAAGCUCCUGCUCUAGUUCCACAAGAAUCAACACAGGCAACCACAACUUCUGCCCAUCCAGCACCACCUGCUGCUCCUGCACCAGGCCCAACAGACCCUCUACAAGCGAUGAUGGCUGCCAUGGGAGGUAAGGCUCCAGCGGGUAUGGAUCCUCAAUUGCUGCAAAUGAUGCAGAUGAUGCAAGCGGGGAUGAUGUCUGCUGGGCAAAUGGAUCCCACUGCUCUAGCUGCAAUGGCCCAACAGACUGCUGCUUUGGCUGCCGGUGCUGUGGGGGUGAAUAGUAAUGCCAAUGUCAAUAGUACGGCAGGAGGUGUUGGUAGUGCCUCUUCCAGUGCUCCUGCUGGUGCUAAUCCUUUUCAUCAUGGUGGUAGUGGUGAUGUUCCUGGUGGUGAGGAUCAUAUGGGUACUAAUGGAGGAGAAGACAAUUUUUCCAAAGAGCAGCAAGAGGAUGAGGAUGAUGACCGUGGCAGAGGACGGCCUAGUCGUAGCAGGUCCCGCGACCGGGAUCGCAAACGUGGUCGAAAAGACGGCGGAAGAAACUACGACAGAGAUCGAGAUCGCGAUGAUAGAAGAGGUGGUGGAGAUCACCGUGAUGACAGAAGAGGUGGUGGGGAUUACCGUGAUGACAGACGAGGUGGGGAUCACCGUGAGGACAGGAGUAGAGGAGACCAUAAUAGGGACGACAGAAGAGAUCGCGGGGGUGAUCGCGAUCAUCGUGAUGACAGGAGGGAUCAUCGCGACUAUAACAAUUAUGAUCCUUCCUCUUCUUCAUCUUCUAGGAACCAUUAUUACAGCAGCAGCGGUAGGGACCACCACGACAGGAAUCGUUCACUGUGCUUUGAGCGCGAUAAAGAGGCGACUGCCCAAGAGAUUGAGGAGUACUUCCAAUACCAGAAGAAGUUAGUGCUGGCUACUGGCAAAGCGUACUCAGUGAGGCCGCACGACUUCAAGUUGGCGACGGGAAUGAGUGGCAUUGGAGCGGAGGAAAGACGACUGCAAUUCCAGAGCACAAGCUAUCCAAGCAGAGACGUACUACGAAGACUAAAGAGUUUGUUUCUACUUAAUUUUUGGACUUGGAGAUGGUUGCUGUAUCUUUACGCAGAAGUUUGUAAGUAAAAACGUAAUUUUAAGUCGUGCUUUGAAACAAAAAUUGUCCUCGAGUUUCUGCUAUCGUCCGUUGAGAUGUUAUUCAUUGUCGAAAAACUAUCCUACAAACCAAAAACUACAGGUCGUCUACGUGGAACAAAAGCCAGUGGGAGGUACCAGACGGCCAGAAAUGAAUGCGGAGACACAGGCUGCCGUCGUCGAGCGCUAUACUGGAGGACUCGGUGGCGCGCCGCCGCCACCAUCCUAUGCUGCUACCGCUCCCAAGAAAAGCGACGUGGAUGGACCAGAAGUCAUCCGAUUGGGCGCGAAGAAAUAAGAGAAUCGGAAGAAGAACUUUUGGUUUUGCCUGCUUCAUCCUGCUUCUUCUCGUUGCCUUUCUGGGCUAUUUCUAUGUAUUCCUCAUUCCACCUGGUACUACAACGAACGCUGUCUGCUUUUCAAUACAAUUUCCUCAAACUACUGAUCGUGCUUACUCAGGUUCAGAUAACCCUGCUCAACCACUAACUACUACUACAGUUCCCAUCGUCUCCCCUAAACGAUACUCCCCCCGUGACCCCUAGCGGGACCUUAAGAUGGUUAAUUUGUAUGUUCUAUACGCGCUACGCUGUGAU